GUUAACUUUAUUUACACUACGUUAGUGAUACCGUGUUUGUUUCCUCCUGCAGGUGUCUCCUACCUCCACCUGAUGUUCCACACCGGUCCCUGGACCAUCAAGCUGAGCAAGUACCGGUGGUUUGUGCGUCAGGGUCUGAUUGACACCAGCCUGACGGCCUCCGUCCUCAACCUGCUGGCCGUGGCCGUGGAGCGCCACCAAACCAUCUUCAACAUGCAGCUGCACAGCAAGAUGAGCACCCGGCGCGUCUUCGUCAUCAUGAUCGUCAUCUGGCUGGUGGCCAUCCUCAUGGGUCUGGUGCCCACCAUGGGCUGGCACUGCCUGUGCGACCUGAACGACUGCUCCACCAUGGCGCCGCUGUACAGCCGCAGCUACCUGGUGUUCUGGGGCGUCCUCAACCUGCUGACCUUCUCCAUCAUGGUGGCCGUCUACACCCGCAUCUUCCUCUACGUCAGACACAAGAGCAAGCAGAUGUCUCAGCACACGAGUCAGAUGAGGUACAGAGAGACGGUGUUCAACCUGAUGAAGACCGUCUCCAUGAUCCUGGGCUGCUUCGUGCUCUGCUGGACCCCCGGUCUGGUGAUUCUGCUGCUGGACGGUCUGGGCUGUGAAAGCUGCAGCGUGCUUAAGUUUGAGAAGUACUUCCUGGUUCUGGCCGAGUGCAACUCCUUCGUGAACCCGAUCAUCUACUCCUUCAGGGACAAGGACAUGAGGAGGACCUUCAAGGAGAUCCUGUGCUACGUGUGCCGGCGGCGGCGCGGAGACCAGAGCAGCUCGGGGGUUCACUUCAACACCAACAUGGAGCAAGAGAACUUCAAGUCUCGGGCCGCCGAGCCGACAGACGGGACCAACGGGACGCCUCUCAUCUGCAGCGGCUCGGAGGACGUCACCGCCUCAGAGACCUGACGGGGACUCGAACCAUCGGAGACACGAAGAGACACUGAGAGACGGAUGUGUCCUAAACUCUUUAUUCUUUUAAGACAAACUGUGCUUUAAGAGCAGAGGACGUCUCCUCUGAUUGAAAGACAGACACCCUGAGGGACAGCAGCAACAAGACCUAGUCUCAGUCUGUCUCGUGGUCUCGUCCUCUCGAUGGACUUGUGUCUGAGACCAAAGCAGUCUGACGGCUCUCGUUUGUGGGUCUGUGUGUCUCCGUUAUUUUGUCCACCCCGGUCCUCCCAGUGAGGUCCAGGAGGAUCCAGGUCCAGACCCCCUUCUGAUGGAAACCAGUUGUGGACUCAGACGGACUAAAGGUUGUAGAUGACUGAAAGAUCAUUUUAUUAUUAUUAUGAAUAUCUUCUAACAGCUGAGAUCACUUUUCUUUAUAAAUGUUAUUUGAUUUAUGAUCAUAAACACACAUUGAACAGAUGUUUGUUACCGUUAAUAAAGCAUCCAUUAGAUGGAUAAAGUCUUUAUGACGCUGAUCAGAUCCACUUUGUUCCCAGAAUGCAACAGAAGCUGCAUCGUCCUCCAGGCUUUUAUUUAAUUUAAUUAAACGCUUGUUUCCGUCUCACAGCUGAUGGUGAUGUAAAGCUUUAGAUGUUUGUACAGCUCAUUGAAAGCAGCAUCACUGAUAUUAAUAUUAAUAUCAGGAUGUUCAUGUAACGCCUCGUUUCCUUCAUGAUGAUCUGCAUUCAGAGACUCAGACCACAUUAAAACUCUGUUAGAAGCUCUGUCUCAUGUGGUUUCAUCACUGAUGGACAGAAAAUGUCCUCAUCGGCUCUCCUAAGCCCCUCCCUCUUCCUCCUAAGCUCCUCCGUUGGAGACCUCCUGGGAACUCCUCUCCGUCUUCAGGUUCAGUUUGCUCAGUGGCAGGUUGCUCUUCUUCUUGUGUUUCUUGUUGGGUAGCGCCCCCGUCAGCUGACUCCAGGCGUUCAGAAUCACAACCGUUUAUUGCCCAGGAAGUUUGCGCAUACAAGGAGUUUAUCAUGGCGGGAGGUGCAUAACAUUAAACGAUCAACAACAAUCUACACAGUGCAAGAAAUAGA